AUAAACAAUUUUUUGAAUAAUAAUAUAUGCUAUUUAAGCAACAGUUUAUAUAACAACAAUUGCUAUUUCAACGAUAUCAAGUCAAACUCAAAAAAUUAAAAUGUCGGUAAUUAUAAACUGCGCUGGCUACAUGGCGCUUGUUUAUGAGGCUUCCGCCGCAUUCCUUACCAUGGUUCAAAUGGUAAACUUAUCUAAAAUUAUGAAGUUUGACAUGGUGGAUGUUAUGAUAUUGUUUGGGGGCAUGUGCAAGAUUCUCUGCUUCGGAGUCCUGGCAGUUGGCAUCAUUAGCCGUCACAGAUUGAUGGUGAAACUCUGGUUGCUUAUGGCCUAUGUUCAGAUACAAUGGGGAGACGUUGGAAAACUGUUUUACAAUAUGUACGAAUAUGUGUUCACCGAGAAGUACAAAAGCAAGCAGGAGUUUAUGCAGGAGAUAUCUGAUAAAUAUGCCUCACUCAUUGGUCAAGUACUGGCUCGUAUCGGUAUCAUAUUGAUCGUCUACAGAUUCUUCAGAUCCCUGGAGUUCCCAAAGAAAACGGCUAAGGUUCAGCUUGACCAGAAAGCAGCCGAAUUGAAGGCCAAGUGAGCCAGCAGAAGAAAUAAAUGUUUGAAGCAAGAUUUUUAUUGUUUGUAAUAAGUAUUUGUUAAAUUAAAAUAAGAAGUGUGAAAAGCGCAGCAAGGAA